CGAGAUAGGAAAUGCAUUAAUAAUGAAAUUAACAGUAUUUAUUUUAAUUGUGUUAAUGUGUAACCGCGUGGUAAGUUUUGAUUUGAUGAUACUUCACGCAAGCGAUAUAAAUGCGGAAUUUGAAGAAUCUCCAAAUAAAAUCGGAGGAUUCUCUCGAAUCCUUCAAUACGUUCAACAAAGAAGAAAUGAAUUUGAGAGUGGAAUUGGUCCCCCCGUUUUGGUUUUUAUGACUGGAAAUUUUUUUGGGGAAAAUAUUUGGUAUUCAAUUCACCGAUGGAGAAUUGUUUCCGAUUUUAUUAAUUUACUUAAACCCGAUGCUAUAGCGCUGGGUACCAGGGAAUUCACUGAUGGUCUUGACGAUUUAACUCAAUUUAUAAGUUCUUUGAAAUGUCCCGUCGUUGGAACUAAUUUAAUCGUUAAUGAACGAUUACCUUUAUACAAAUUAAUUUAUAAAUAUGUUACGUUUGAAAUUGAUGGUAAACAAAUUUUAGUUUUGGGUUAUACAAAUCGAGGUUAUAUAACAUCGAGAGAAGUGGACUUUUUGGAUGUGGUUCAAACGAUUAAAGAUGAAUGCAGUUUAAUUAAUAAGCGGAACGAUAUCGAUUAUGUUAUCGCAAUUGGACACGCACGUUACGAAGUGGAUAAAAGAAUCGCUUUAACCUCCGAUUGUGUUUUAAUAAUCAUCGGCUCUGGAUCAAAUAUGUUAAUGUACAACGGAAAGCCACCUUUGAACGAUUCAAACCACGUAACGAGUUCUUAUCCUUCAAUAAUAAAAUUAAGUGAUGAUUCGUUAAUUCCCAUCGCUCAUAGUUACAUUAAUGGAAAAUAUUUAGGGGAAUUGAUUGUAAAGUUUAACGAUAAUAAGGAAUUAAUUGGAAUUAAAGGAAAUUUAAUAUUGAUGGAUAAAAAAAUUAAACAAAACGAAACCGGAUUAAAAUUAUUAAAUCAUUAUUUAGACGAUUUAGAUAAAAAGAAACGAAAAAUAAUUGGAAAAACCUUAACGAGUUUAGAUGGAAUCUCCUGUGCGAAAUCGGAAUGUACUCUAGGAAAUUUAAUAACCGAUGCUUUUUGCGAUUUUAAAGCAACACAAAGUUCCGGAUUAUAUUGGACAACAGCUGCAAUUGGAUUAAUAAAUAGCGGCUCAAUUAAAUCGAAUUUAAAUAUAAGUAAAGACGGAAAAUUAAUAAACGAAGCCUUUCUUUACGAAGCUUUACCCUAUCAAGAACAAUUAAUAACUAUACGAAUUUCAGGUUUAACUUUAAUUAAAAUUUUAGAACAUUCAAUGAAAGGAAUCGGGUCAAAUGCCUUUUUGCAAGUCUCCGGGUUAAAAGUUGUUUACAACGAGAUCACCUCCCCGCCUGAAAUGGAAGUUUUAGUGAGAUGUGCCGAAUGCGAAGUGCCCAGUUAUCAACUUUUGAAUGUAUCGAAGAUUUAUGAUGUGGUUACCACGAAAUAUUUGGUUGAAGGCGGUGAUGGGUACAAAAUGAUUCCGAAGAAAAAAAUUACUUAUAGUACAGAAAUUAUUAAUUCGUUGCAAGCUACGAUGAGAUAUUUGGAGGAUUAUAAAAAGGUUAUUUUACAGCAAGAGGAUCGACUGAAAAUGUUUACUGUAACCAUGAGAAAUAUGGGAGUUUAUUUAAAAAAAAUUGGAGUUUUUGCAGAAAUUUUUGUGAUCUUUCUAUGUAUUUUUUAUUAAAUUAAAUCAUUUUAAUUUUAGUUCCGCGGCAGUUUUGCUGCCGAGGUAUGAGUGUUAAAAAAAAUAGUGUAGCUUUCUUUAUUGUAAAUGUAUCAUAUAAUUGCCGAAACAGCUGAGGCAGGAUCGUAAAUACUUCAAAAACUGAGGUUUCCUCAUUAUGACUGUAUUGUAUAAUUGCCGAGGCAGCUAUGCUGCUGAGCCAGAAGCGCGACUACUUAAAAAACAAAGGUUUUACUCAUUAUGAAUGUAUUAUAUAAUUGCCGAAGCAGCUAAGCUGCUGAGGCGAGAACGCAAGUACUUAAAUAAUGGAGGUUUUCUUCAUUAUAAAUGUAUCAUAUAAUUGCCGACGCAGCCAAGCUGCUAAGGGAGCGUCAGGACUUAAAAAACAAAGGUUUUACUCAUUAUGAAUGUAUUAUAUAAUUGCCCAAGCAGCUAAGCUGCUGAGGCGGGAGCGGGAGUACUUCAAUAACGGAGGUUUUCUUCAUUAUAAAUGUGUCAUAUAGAGAUGUGCGGCUAAACCCGAAUGUUUCUAGUUCUAGGUCUAGUAUUAGU